UCAUGAAAUGAUUUUGAUCUAAACAGUUAGAUUCCUUUGGUAUUAUUAUUACUUGAAGUGAGUGUCACUAAUAUUUGGACAAUAAUUUUUGGACCUCCACAGUUGAAACUAUCAUCAAGUUCCGUCCUUCCUUACGUAAAUUCCUUUCGAAGGAACCACGUCUCUCUCUCUCUCUCUCUCUCUCUCUCUCUCUCUCUCUCUCACGCACGCACAAAACAGAGCACUCUGCUAUAUGACCAACCCACCAUAGCCAGCAUCUCCCAACCAAACAGACCCUUCACUCUCUCUCUCUCUCUCUCUCUCUCUCUCUCUCUGUCUCGACGACCACCAUGUCCGUCGCCGAAAAAGCUCCGUCUCCUCCGCUCCUCUUCUCCUCCAUCUUCCUCCUCACGCUCUCUCUCCUCGCAUCUCCAUCCACUUCGGACACCGACUCCUUCGUCUUCGGCGGCUGCUCGCAGCUGAAGUACCUCCCCGGGUCCCCGUACGAGAACGGCGUCAACUCCGUCCUCACCUCCUUCGUCAACAGCGCCAUGUUCGCCGCCUACAACAACUUCACCGUCCCCGCCGGCACCACCUCCGCCGACAUUAUCUACGGGCUCUUCCAAUGCCGUGGCGACCUCGACCAGAGCACCUGCUCCCGCUGCGUCGCCCGCGCCGUCAGCCAGGUCGGCACCCUCUGCGCCGGCGCCUGCGGCGGUGCCCUCCAGCUUGAGGGCUGCUUCGUCAAGUACGACAACAGCACCUUCCUCGGGGUCGAGGACAAGACCCUCGUGAUCAAGAAGUGCGGGCCCGGGUCGGACAGCUACGACACCAACGCGCUGACGAGGCGCGAUGCCGUAUUGGGAUACAUCGGGGCAAGCAACGGGGACGGUGGGGCCUACAAGUUUUAUCGGGAUGGGUGGUCCGGCGAUGUACGGGCGGUCGCGCAAUGCGUGCAGGACCUGAGCCCCGAGGAGUGCCAGGACUGCCUCGGGGAGGCAAUCGGGCAGCUGAAGAGCAACUGCGGUGCGGCCAGGUGGGCGGACAUGUUCUUGGCCAAGUGCUACGUGCGGUACUCGGAGGGCGGUGACCACUCGCAUGGCGGCCACGAUACUAACGACGACGACGAGAUCGAGAAGACGCUAGCGAUAUUGAUCGGGCUCAUCGCAGGGGUCACGCUGGUCAUCGUCUUCCUCUCUUUCCUAGGGAAAGUCUGCGAAACAGCCAAGGAAGGUAAAUGAACUGCACUUGCUGGUUGUGGACAUAUCAAAGAACUGCAGCACCGAGCACUACUCGCCGUGGUAUCGAUUCGAUUCAAAGAAAUGAUCAAUUGGCUUCGACUUUUUUCUGUCUUUGUUUCAUCCUUUUUCUUUCUAUCCAUUGUCCCUUUUUUGAAACUUUUUCUUUUUUCUCACUCCCUGUAAAGAAGAUGUUAAAGGGUAGACUUAUAAAAGAAAAAAAAAAAGAUUGAGCAUUGAGAUAUGUAGUACCUCGAAGCCAGUGAAAAGGCAAAGUUGCAACAAGAGAGAAGUCACAUUCUCCAAUCUUCCCCUUUUUUAGUUCUUUUUAACAGUUAACUAGGCUUUGUUCUUCACUGAUUGUGUACAAAAAGCAGACAUUUCUGUGGAAAGGGCUGCUCUUGUAUUGUUGUGCUUAAUUUAGUUUAGUGCUUUGCAGUUGUGAUCAA